AUGGCAAACAGACCAAAAAUACCUCGUAGAACAAUACCCAUAAACCAUGUAGGAGCCGCCACACGUUUAUAUAAUCAUUACUUUGCCCCGCAACACGUUUACCCUGCCGAUUAUUUUAGAAGGCGUUUUCGAAUGCCCAAAGAAAUGUUUCUUAGUAUAUUGAACGAUAUACAUUCCUUUAACGCCAUACAACCAUUACCAAAACACUUCGCAUUCUUCCGCAACACUCCAACCGACCUUGUGGGUCGCCCGACACAAGAAGAUGUUAACCGCAUGACCGCUAAACACGAGGCGGUACAUGGUUUUUCGGGUAUGCUUGGAAGUGUUGAUUGUAUGCAUUGGGCUUGGAGAAACUGCCCAACGGCAUGGCAAGGCCAAUACACUCGUGGUGACAAAGGACAUCCGACGAUUAUGCUUGAAGCGGUUGCUUCAUAUGAUUUGUGGAUUUGGCAUGCUUACCUUGGACCCGCCGGUUCGAACAACGACAUUAACGUCCUUAAUGAAUCUGACUUGUUCGACCAGCUUCUCCAAGAUAAAGCUCCUGCGGUAAAUUUCGCCGCUAAUGGCCAACAGUUUACAAAGGGUUAUUAUCUAGCUGAUGGUAUCUAUACAAAAUGGGCUACACUUGUCAAGUCUUUCAAGUGUCCCAUGGACCCUAAGACCAGUAAAUUUAAACGCUUCCAAGAGUCUGCAAGAAAAGACGUAGAGCGUUCUUUUGGAGUACUUCAAGGCCGAUGGAGAAUCCUUCAACAGGGUGCGCGCCCAUUAAGUAUUAACAAAAUUAAACGCAUCAUGUACUCUUGUGUGUUGUUGCACAACAUGGUCGUUGAAUAUAACGGGCGUGCAAUCAGUCCUUUGGAUUUGGAGCUAAUUCCCGAUACCCCGCCAGUGCGUUCUUGGGAUGAACGUGUUAACAUUCACUUACGUAUGACAGGGGAGUUACGUAAUAGGGCGACACACAACCGUCUAAGAGGCGCCCUAGUCGAGCACAUUUGA